CGGAAGCGCAGCAGCUGUUUCCGGUAGAGUUGCAUGGUCUGGUCUGGUCUGGCUCGGCUCGGCUCGGCUCGCUAGUAUCAGCUGUGGUAGUAAACCUGUGUGUGACCGCGGAGGAAAGAUGGCGGCCCCUGCUCUCUCCAGUCGGGCUGGCUCGGCGGGCAGCCUCGGGAACAGCCCCACCAUGGCCGCCGGGAGACUCCCGCACGGCGGCGGCGGCGGAGGAGGAGGCGGCAUCGGGCCCGAGCUCGACUUCAGGUCGGCGGCCCGCAUGGAGGACCUGAACCGGCUCAUCCAGGAGUUCAGCAAGCACGACCAGCGGGAGUACGACGACCAGCGGGCUCUGGAGAUCCACACGGCCAAGGACUUCAUCUUCUCCAUGCUGGGAAUGGUCCAGAAGUUGGACCAGAAGCUGCCGGUGGCCAACGAGUACCUCCUCCUGUCGGGUGGCGUUCGGGAGGGCGUGGUGGACAUGGACCUGGAUGAGCUGAGCGUUUAUGCCCGUGGUACAGACUACGACAUGGACUUCACCCUGCUGGUCCCGGCCCUCAAACUACACGACCGCAACCAGCCGGUGACCCUGGACAUGAGGCACUCCGCCCUGGGCCACUCCUGGCUUAGCCUCCGCCUCUUUGACGAAGGAACCAUCAACAAGUGGAAGGACUGCUGCACCAUCGUCGACCACAUCAACGGGACCACCAACUACUUCUUCUCUCCGACCCUGGUGGCCGACUGGUUCUACCAGUCCAUCUCCUUGGUCCUGCUGGAGGUGCAGAAGAAGCCGCAGAGAGGGAUGCCAAGAGUGGAGAAGGUGGAGAGGAACGGCACCAUCAUCUCCGUCAUCCUGGGCGUCGGGAGCAGCCGGAUGCUCUACGACAUCGUCCCCGUGGUGUCGUUCAAAGGCUGGCCGGCUGUCGCUCAGAGUUGGCUGAUGGAAAAUCACUUCUGGGAUGGAAAGAUCACAGAGGAGGAGGUGAUCAGCGGCUUCUACCUCGUCCCCGCCUGCUCCUUCAAAGGCCGUAAGGAGAACGAGUGGCGCCUGUCAUUCGCUCGCAGCGAGGUGCAGCUGAAGAAGUGCAUCUCGUCCAGCCUGAUGCAGGCGUACCAGGCCUGUAAAGCCAUCAUCAUCAAGCUGUUGUCGCGUCCCAAAGCCAUCAGCCCCUACCACCUCCGCAGCAUCAUGCUCUGGGCCUGCGACCGCCUCCCCGCCAACUACCUGGGCCAGGACGACUUCUCCGCCCACUUCCUGCUGGGCCUGAUCGAUGACCUGCAGCACUGCCUCGUCAACAAGAUGUGUCCCAAUUACUUCAUUCCCCAGUGCAACAUGUUGGAGCACCUGUCAGACGAGAUGGCCAUGCUGCACGCCCGCAAACUCUCAUCGGUGCGCUCCGACCCGGCCGAGCACCUCCGCACCACCAUUGAGCACGCCAAGGCCGCCAACAGGCUGACGGUGGAACUGCAGUGGCGAGGCAGCGCCAACAACCUGCCGUCACCGCAGUCUGACGCCGGCGGAGAGAACCAGCCAGAUGACCGGCUGGCCAAGAAGCUGCAGCAGCUGGUCACGGAGAACCCUGGGAAAUCCAUUUCGGUCUUCAUCAACCCGGAUGACGUCACACGGCCGCACUUCCGCAUCGACGACAAGUUCUUCUGAGAUUGCAAAACGUUCUCCCGGACCUCUUCCUCCUGUCGCUCUCUGCCUUCCUUCUCCUCGCCUAGUGCCCCGCCUCCUCUGAAACUUUGUUUUUUACAUUUUUUAUGUUUCUCUGCCACAGAGUGAAGUGAGGUGAUCGUCUAGUUGUGUCUGCCACAAUUUUUUAUUUUUUUAUUUUUAUUUUUCUAUUCCCCUUGCCCUCUUCCCUCCUCUUUCACUGUGUGCCCUGUGUUUUUUUUACCUGCUGAAUGCCUUUUAAAUAGACACCUGAAUAGCAGCAGGUUAUUUUUAAAACUGAAGGUUGAGGCGAAAAUCCACCUUAAGAUGGAACUGCUGUUCCAAUGUUACCGCCGUUUAAUUAUCAGGGAUCCUGGAAAUGAGACAAAACUCCUGAAAACACCACAGAAGCUUGUUCAGAGUAUAUAUCACUGAUUGUGUUACGGGUCAAACAUGGAGCCUGUAGUCAUCAGGUGACAUGAAGGUAAUAUUUUCACUCUGUAAUAUGAUGUAUUUUACAGUGACCAGUCACAGCCACUGAAAGAAUAGAAACUUAUAGCAACGUGACACUAAUGAAACUAAAUGUGCUUUUCUACUAAUGAAAUCUUAGAAUAAUGAAAUAAACUAUGGCAUAGUUUCCCCCUCAAAAAUAUGAUGUAAUAUCUCGUAGGGCUGAUACCUUCAGGUCAGUUGGUCGAUACGUUGUGUUCUUCAUCAGUCCGUGUGUCCACCAAAGCAUUUUUCCAGCUUUUCCACUCAGCACUCAUCUGAAAACACCCAGCUGGGAAUGGUUUUGAGACGCAGUGGUUUCUGAAAUUGAAACAUGCCUGAAACAUGUCGGCAGAGAAAACAGACUUGGCACAACUCUUUGUGUCAAGCAGGUUUAAUUUCUCCUCCAUUGCUGCUGUUGUUCAGUGCUGUGUUGACAUUUGUCCCGCUGAACCCUUUUCAGCUCUCAGCCAUCAGAAAUAAACCGCAAAUGUGCAGAACUCUGCGCAGAAUAGAUGCUCAGCGUCUCGUCACGCUUCUUCCGUUUGAGUGCAAACAGGAAAAAGAUGAAUUUAAAAAAACGCUGACAUCAGCAAAAAGACUCCUGAACACACAAUGUCAUCGACGGUCGAUCAGUUGGAAGAAUUUCAUUUUCUUUGACUUCAGCCCAAUAAUCUUGAGAUAUCUCAUAUUCAAGCCCAUUAUUAGUCUUUUAAUGUCUUAUAAUCAAUAAGUUUUCUGAUGCUACAGUAUAAUACAGUUGGGUAUUAAAAUUUGUUGGAUACUAUUUAAUGUAAAGGCCAGUUAUUAUAAAGAGACUUUCUGUUUAUCAUAAGAUUUCAGUUUAUUGUUAUAAAACGUACUAAUGUCUUCAUUAUACUAAAUUUUUCAUUGUAAAGAAGUUGUCACAAUUAAGGGCUAGUUUCUGAGAUACAUGACCUAUAAAAGUCAGUUUUGAGAUUAAAAAAAAAACACUUAAAAUGGAAACUAAAGAAAAGGUUGCAGAGCUUAAAGCUGAUUUUUUUUUUUUGUUUCAAAUUAUAAAAUUCUUAUAAAACAUUUGAAGUUUUGCUCGGCGUCGAGCCUGGAACAGCAACACGACUGAACUGUGUCAGAUUGUAAACAGCUUCAGGAGCUGGGGACGCCAAAUGGCGCGUCCAGAAGUCUCACACCCAGGAGGGCCGACAGCAGAGUUCUGUUUGAAGGUGGAUUUUGUCCCUCUGAGGAAUGUCUUAGUCCCGCCGGGGGAUGAUGGUACUAACGUCUUAGAAACUAACUGUAAAUAGAAGAAAACGUGUGUAGACGGAGAUAAACAGAGACUGAUAACCAUGUGAGAACUUCUUUUCGUCUAAUUUUGCACAGAAUGUAAAAAAAAAAAAUCACCACUUUUCCUGUCGAUGGUGGACGUUGUGUCGUCCUGAUU